AUGGCACACAAAGACGCGGUAGGGCUCUGUUUGGUUUGUGGUGAACUUUCUUUUGGAAAACACUAUGGUUGUUUAAGCUGUCUUGGAUGCAAAACAUUUUUUAGAAGAGCUGUAAUGCAUGGUCAGGAUACAAUUUGCAAAAAGCCGAAUAUUUGUGAACAAGAAGUGUGUGCUAGACGACUUUGUAGAUCUUGUCGUUUUCGAAGAUGUUUGGAUAUGGGAAUGUCUAGGGAAGCAUUACAACCUCGAAGGGAUUUAAUUGGAAGACGAAAGAAGAGACCAACACAAAUACAAUUUUAUCAAAAUAAUUGUGUUUCCACAAUUCCUUCAACUUCUGGGAGCGAAGUCACUCCAUCUCCAACAAACCAUUUAUUAACUCCCCAAACCGACAUUUUAUAUUCUUCAAUCUCUGAUGGAAAUAACAAUCUUUUGGACCUAAUAUCUUCUUUAGCAGCUACAGAUAAAGCAAUUCGGGCAAGAAAAUUUGAAUUAAUCAGAGCUAGAACGGAAGCAAAAAGAUUGGCAGAUGUUGCAAGUAAAGGUUCUCGAGUAGUUCAACAACACGAUACUUUAAUGAAAAUUGUUUUGUGUUCGGAUUUGUGUAAUGUUACUCAAAUUGAAAUGUUUUCAAUGCUUGAAUGGGUACAGACAAUCCCAGCAUUUUCAUCACUUCAUUUACCUGACAAAAUGCUUUUACUUAAAAGGUUUUUUUAA